GGGGUCCUCGCACGCCUGCUGUCUUGUCGCUUCUUCCCCUGCGUAGCCCAGUCUCACCAUGGUGGAAGCCUUUGUAGGCACCUGGAAGCUAGUGGAUAGCAAGAAUUUCGAUGACUACAUGAAGUCGCUCGGUGUGGGUUUUGCUACCAGGCAGGUGGCUAACAUGACCAAGCCUACCACAAUCAUCGAAGUGAAUGGGGACACCAUCAUCUUAAAGACACAGAGUACCUUCAAGAGCACGGAGAUCAGCUUCAAGCUGGGAGUGGAGUUUGAUGAGACAACAGCAGAUGACAGGAAGGUCAAGUCUACUGUGACGCUGGAUGGAGGCAAACUUGUCCACGUACAGAAGUGGGAUGGGCAAGAGACGACACUUGUGCGGGAACUAAGCGAUGGGAAACUCAUCCUGACGCUCACCCAUGGCAGUGUGGUCUGCACUCGCACCUACGAGAAAGAGGCAUGAGCCUGCCCACUCCUCCACGGACUGCUCUGCCAAUCGGCUACCACUGGACUCAGCACCAGAUUGCCUCAUUUUUUUCCCUUUGGCAUUUUGUAUAAAUCCACUUUGGGGAAUUCUUCUGGGACCACCCUGGUUCUGGUUCCCAUUGUGUAUGCUUUUUUUUUUUUAUUUUUUAACUGUAUCCAAAGGGUACUCUGAGGUCAAUAAAGCAAAGCCCAAGGGCACCCAAUUGCCUUUU